AAACCGUUAACGGCUGUCCUGUUGAGCGGAUCGUUUGGUGUUCGCGUCGUGGAUACUCGCGCUUCGUUGAGAAUUGUUUCGUGAAAAAAAACUUGAAAUUCAUAAAAAACGAUUAAACUAAAAAAAGAGAAUUAAUAGCCUUUUCAUGAUAACGAAUGACAGGCUUUUUUUUGAAAGUGUGGUUUUAAAAACUUGUAUUCCCGCUGUGGUGCUUCAGUGUGCAAAAGAAGCAUAAAAUUCGUAAUCAUAAUCCUGUGCCAGCCAGCAGCAGCAGCAGCAGAAGCAGCCAUUGGCCCUCCCGCCGGGGCAUAACUCGUAAACCAGCAAGCCAAUAAUGCAAUCAAGCGAUUGAUUUAAUUGAAAAGAUAAUAAAUUUUGCCGAUUUCGUAAGGUGCUUUUUGCUUGGUGAAGAAGCAGCCCAAUCGGGCAGAUUCGUUAGAGGUGGCUCUCGGUGCAAUCGGGAACGGGAAUCAAAUUCCAGGCAUUUCACUGGAUGCUCGAUCCCGGCGAUCUUCAACCGCGGCAGGAAAAAAAAAAAAACGAUAAAAAGUGCAUAACGAGGUGUGAAGUGUGUGCAACGCAUUGCGGUGUGUGAUUUUAUAGGCCGCAGGGGCGUAAAAUUAACCCGCACGGUGAUCAUUUUAUUGGUGAGCAUUCGAAUCGAAUUAAUGGCUGCUGCUCCCGCUCUCAUAUGAGAGUCGAGUGAUAGAAUAAAUAUUGACUAGCGUGUAAUUUUGAUCGAUCGAAAGAGUUCAAUUUAUGGUGGAAAACGUGUGACUAGCUGGGACGUUCACGACUGGAAGUGAUUUGUCGUUUUUUAACCACCCUAAGAACCUAAAUCUAACAUCCUGGAUAAAACGACACCUCACCGUGAUAAUCAACCGUGGAUGUGUGUCAAACGUUGCAAAUCGGCAGCGGAUAAUUAAAACAAUCAGCCGAACCACGGAUUGUGUUGCGCGUGGUUCAAUGGUUCUGCAUAUUUAUAUGUUAAAUCCUUCCUUCGCUUUUGCCAUCGGGCCGGUGUUAGGCCGCUGAAAAUUCCAAGAAGUGGCAUUCCGUGCGUUCCCGCGUGUGUUUGAGCGGUUCGGUAUCGAGUUACAGUUUACAACAGUGCCGUUUUGCGUGACAAGUGGAUCUUUAAGUGUUUCGGUACGGUGUGUAAGUGAUCGGCUGUUAGCAAACGAUCGCGUUUGAGUGUUUUUUUUUGUUAAGAUCCGCACACGCCCCGGUUGCCCAGUGUACAGCAGUGGUGUCCUUGUGCAAGUUUUCGUCUACUGCAGCGCGUAACCAUGGCAAACAUGGCAAAAGUGAAAGUUCACAACAAGCAGGCGCAUCUUGCCCAGCUAGAAUCGGUCCUAGCUGUCAUCAGGUGGUGUGUGACCGUGCUAGCGUUACUGCUGCUGACAGCAGCCGGGUCCGUUCAGCUGGAAGCAAACAGCAUUGUGCCCGGUGUAAACACUCAUCACCAUCCACAUCACACUCGACACCAUCUGCAUCGGGAGGUGACGAAACAGGAGUUCGAUAGCAUCGGCGAUGGUGGUGGAGGUGGUGGUGGUGGUGGUGAUGCUGAUGCUGCUCACCAGAAGUUCAUGAAUGGCGGCAAUUAUAUUCUCAUCGAUUACCUGAACGAUGGCGAACGGGAGCGGCGCAUCAGUUGGAACGGUAUCAUCGGAAAGGAGACCAGUCUAGCCGAUAAUAGUUCCAACAAAACCCUCAGUCUCUGGCAGAUGGUCUCCAACAACUACCUGAUACAGAUCAUCUACAACAGCGAGGGACAAAUGAUGGACUGCGAGUACGUCCGGCAGCGCACCAUGGUACACCAGUUCCGCAGCCGGUUCGCGAGCGAAUUCUCCCAGGCCCGUGCCCGCAACUUUACCUCACCAUUUAGCGGCGCAACUGCCGGCACACACCAUUCGCUCGUGUCCGAUCAUGACUUUGAGCAGUACAUCGAGCAUGACAUCGUUACGCCCGAGAUGGAGGAGCUGCAGUACAAUGUGUUCGAGUUCCCGGCCGGCGUGCCGGCCACGCACCAAACCAUCGAUGCGUUCGGCAUGCGCAAUCUGACGUACAUUCCGCUCCACGCACGGGAAGCCAUUCCGGCCGAUCUGCUGGAGCUGCUAAACUUUCGCGAGCUGAAGCAGCGCUGCAACGUGCGGCACAUGCAGCUGAAGCAAAUCGCACAAGGGUUGCAGAGUUCCGAUCCCGAACAUCAGCGGAUAGCGAACGAGAACUUGCAAAGGCAGCGACGCGACCUGUCCAGCAUGCUGCGUGUCCCGGGCACAAAAUGGUGCGGCAAGGGCUGGAGUGCCCGCAGCUACGUCGAAAUGGGCGGCUACUCGAAGGCCGAUCGGUGCUGCCGCCAGCACGACCUAUCCUGCCCGUUCUGGAUACUGGGCUUCGAGACGAAGUACAAUCUGUUCAACUGGCGCGUCAACACGCUGAUGCACUGCGGAUGCGACGAGAGAUUUCGUACCUGUCUCAAAAUGGCUGACUCCAGUGAUGCCAAUCUGGUCGGCAAACUGUUCUUCAACAUCGUUCAGAUGAAGUGUUUUGUGCUGAAGCCGGAAACGGUAUGCGUCAAACGGACCUGGUGGAACAAAUGUGAAAAGAAGAUCCGCCGGAAACGGGCCCACCUGCGGGACAAUAGAAAGUUUUAAAAUGGAAUGCGUUCGCUGUACAUAGGAUAGUGGAAAAGAUGGCCGAAGUGGACGUCUUAUGUGCGUGGUGCAGAUCCUUCUGGGCGAAAAUGAAUUGUACUGAUACCGAGGUGUGAACCUAGGAGAUAUUGGAGGAAACUCAUUAACGCAACGAACCAACUAUUUCGAUAGCAGGCCAAUUCACUUUCGAUUGACAGGAUUCAUUGGAGGAUGAAUGUCUCGCAUUACGAAGCACACCGUUCAUCCUUCUGUUCACUGCGAGAGUUCACUAAAGUCAAUGUACUGUACACUUAUUUAUUGCCUGUUUCUUGCGAACUGUAGUAGUAUUUAGGGUUUCUUUUUUGUUUGUUGGUUAAGUAGUAAGUCACCACCAACUGUCGACACAGAGUGAGUGAAACAUUAUUUAUGCAGUUUAGCGUACGUCGCCCGCGGAUCGGUUCAAACCCUGCGGGUGAGGAACACAGUUCAAACGUAUUCCUAUUAGCUUCGUAAGCAUGAGAUGGCAGUAACUGACAAUGUAAUUAAAGAAAAACGGUGAUCAAAAUAAAUUCGGGAUAGGUUAGUAAGGUGCGCUUAGGGUAAGAAGAAGCAAAGGGGUAGAUCGGUUAGUACCGUAAGGGAUGUGAUCGCGUGUGACUGUCAACCGCAAACUGAGUAUUUAUCGCCUAAGCUACAGCAAAAUGCUGCGCAUCCACAUUGAUCUGAUCUGCUAGGGUAGAGUGGCCAAGUUAGUGCGGUGUGGUAGAAGUAUUAGUAAAUGUUUAGAUGCAUCAAAUUGAAGCUUUCUCUAUGUACGUGUGUGUGUGCGUGUGUUUGUUUAGAACGAUAGGGAAACAUUAGUAAGUAGACUCCAUGACGUAAAUUCACUAAAGCAACCUACAGCCAUCAGAUCUAGGGCUACAACACCCCUGGGGAGUGGGAACACGUAUUUAUUCAUGUACACAACUAAGCUAGCAAUAAUAGAUUGGAUGUAUUUCGAUGGUAGUUUUGGAAACUCAAACACCACGCUGCUACUGCUACUGCAACUACUGUAUACUGUAAAAAAAAAUUGUACAUUUAAUUAGCGAGAUCUGCCGUAUACUUGUGACAAUGGAUGCGAAGGAAGCAUUCUUCUGUACAUACAACCGAAGCUUUAUAAUAAGCGUUGUACAUAGCGAGAUGGUUUGCGCACAUGCAUAAACUAGCAAGAGAAAACAAAAAAUCAAAACUAAGCAAUAACAAACAUAAAGCCAACCAAUUGAAAAUACACUGAAGGAAAUAAUUAUAAUACCACCCCACGUUGUGUUCUGAUGGUAGAAUAAAAAUAAAUUGAAAACAUUAACAGCAUCAUAA